UCUCCUGUUGAUAUGAUUGACCUAAGGAGUCAGCUUGAUGAGAUGCUGAAUGUUGGACCAGGAUUCCCAUCGGUUGCAGGGACAGUUGAGGUAGAUGCUAGAGGAAGUAAGAACAGUGGCAUGGCUGAGCUGAGACGGGUCAUCUAUGAGACUGCUAUGAAGAUGGAGUUCCGUCAUACGAGACCUGCAUAUGUGGAGAGGCUUAUUGGGAGAAAGGUUCCCCAGCCAUACUUCAAUCUGAAGAAGCGUAUCUCGGAGGAGGUUGAAGUGCGUCAGAAAGCUGAUCCUCCUAUUCUGCCGAUCAUGACCAAGACUGAGCUAGCUGAUGAUAUAGUAAAACUCAUACCUGACAGUGGACUACGAACACCCAUUGAAUUACAGGAAGCAAUCCUUUUCCUGCAUGAGAUUGGUAGCAUCGUCCACUUCACUGAUCACCUGAAUGGUUUGAAUGACCUCUACUUCAUUGAUCCAGUAUGGCUAGCCUGUACGUUGCAGAGGGUUACUGCACUACCCAUAGGGAGUCUUAAAGGAGGCAAAGUCCACGUAGAGACCCUUAGAGAGCUGAGUAAGAAGAGUUCCAUUGAAGAGGAUAAGUUUGAGCAGUAUCUUCAACUCUUAGCUCGCUUUGAGAUUGUGGUUCCAAUCUCACAUCACUGGUAUUUGGUACCUGCCCGCCUCCCUCGUGACAACCCUGGUGUGAUGCUGUCACCGCACAACACCGACGAUGCACCAUUCCACUAUCUGAGGAGGAUUUACAAGAUGCCCUAUCUACCUCCAGGAUUCUGGAUCAGACUGGUGUCACGUCUUAUUGCUGAUCUUCAGAUGCGUGAUAAGAAGAAGAAGAUUAGUUCAGCAGGAAACGAGAGAAAUCUCGGCUCUUCAAAGAGGAAGAGCAGCAUCUCGGAGGCCAUCAGCUUCCACCAGACAGAGUCUAUCUACUGGAGGGAAGGAAUAUUCUUCAGGCACAAUACUGGACAGAUCCUGGUGCGCUCAAUGGUCUUUCCUUCAACUGACAAGUCUCCAGGAGUGGACAUCCUCAUCAGCUGCCAAGAGGGCCACUUCUCUGCCAUGGGAUGCGUGGUGGACCAGAUAGAGGGUCUUAUCAAGGACUGGUAUCCAGAGGAUUUACCUCAUUGCUACACAGUAGAGGAACUGGCACAGACAUAUGUCCGUGGUGAGACUCACAUUACUGCAUGUGCCAACUCCAAGGAGAAGCCCAUCACAAUUUCCGUUCUUAUACCUGACAUGUUCAUGAAAGACCUUAGCAUCAGGCAUUUCAAGCAGGAAGACUUCACGCUGCACAUGGUGUCAGGGCAAUCUCUAGGACAGGGUGGCUUUGGCGAAGUAUUCAGGGCAAAGUUCCGUGGAGAGACUGUAGCAGCCAAGACCAUGCUUCCAUCACGACUCUUAAAGAAUCGGAUGUUCUCUUCUGCUAGUGAAGGGUAUGCAUCAUGUGCAUCUACAUCUUCCUCUACGUCGAACAGGACGGGAGAAUCCACUUCAACGGAGAAUGACUCUUUAGAGGCAGCCAUGUUGAUGGAGAGUUUCCAUAAGCUGAGAAACGAGGUUGCAAUCAUGGCUAAACUCGAUCAUCCAUACAUCGUCAAUCUUGUCGGUGUGUCCAUCAGACACCUCUGCUUUGCAAUGGACUAUGCACCUCUUGGUGAUCUCCGAAGCUACCUGUUUGCUGAGCACCAGUCUGCAAGGCCACACUUUGUGAAGAGGAACAUUGUACUGGAACCUGUUCUAAGUAGAAUGCUGACGUACAAGAUCAGCCUACAGGUUGCAUCAGCCGUAGGGUACCUACACAGAAAAGACAUCAUCUACUGCGAUCUGAAGACAGACAAUAUCUUGCUUUUCUCAUCUGAUGUCAAUGAAGAUGUGAAUAUCAAGCUGAUAGACUAUGGUAUAUCUAAGAAGUAUGACUUGAUGGGAGCGAUGGGAAUGGCAGGUACACCAGGGUUCUGUGCACCAGAGAUCCUGCAGGGCAAGACGUUUGAUGAGAAGGUGGAUUGGUUUUCUUACGGGAUGUUUCUAUAUCAUCUGAUGACCGGCUUGGUUCCCUACUAUGAUCAACACAGUCGCAUUGAGAUUGAGCUGGCCGUCAACGAGGGUCGCAAACCAACUUUCAACUUCCAUGAGUAUACGAUGCCCCCUAAACAAGUCUUCCCUGCCUUGGGUGCAUUGAUGGAAUCCUGCUGGCAAAAUAAACCUGGAGAAAGACCCCAUGGUGAAACCACUCUCCAGCUCUUAUCAGAACCAAGCUUCUUGUGUCUCAGAAGAGUGGUCGAGGUAGAAGAAGAAGAAGGGGUUUCUUUGGCAUUCAGUCAAGGGUCACAGGAUGAGUCCUUUGGAACACUGGCUUAG